UUUUGUUUCAGUGAUCAAAUUGAACUCAUUUUUUUAGUUAGGUGUUGAAAUGAGAAAAUCCCAUCAAGAUCGGUAGGUUUUGUCCACGAAUUCGCCGCUCCGCUAGCUUUCUUUCUUUGCAAUAAAAUUAGCCGCGGGCCCACGGCCCCCUCUCUCCGCGUGAAUAGCAGUUCCGCCAGCAACCGGUGCGCCGCCUCCUCGCCGUAGUGUUCGCCUGUUCGGUGUUCCAUGGCGGGCGCUAUCACCGCCGGCCGGGUCGGCAAGGCCCAUCGGGGGGUUGUUCUCGCUGGAGCCUAGCUCCCUUAGAGCCAGGGCGCCCGAGAUUCCGAGCCGGGGCAUGGCGGACAAGCGCCGGUGUAGGCCGGCAGGGCAGUUCCGGCGGCCGGCGGGAGCAUCCGCCGAUAGCCCGGCAGAUCGAUCACCGUCGUCUUCCCUGUCUCCAUGCCAUGCGAAGAGGAUUCGAUUCGACAGAAUCCCAGCGCAGCCACGCGAGGAGUCCAGCCCAUUUCUUGCUUGAUUUUUGGGGUUGAGGUGACAGGGGAUAGGAUAUAUUACCCCCAAAUUUAAAGAAGAGAGGGAAAUACAAAUUCAAGCUGAAUAUAAUCUGCUAGUCGAUGUGAUGGAUCCUGCUGGACGCAAAAGGCAGAAACUUGGUAAUGAGCACGCUAACUCACCAGGGACCCAAUCCCGGUCAAACAUCUUCCUUCAUAAUAAACAUCUAUAUCUUCAGUUUCUUGAGCAAUUCAGUGAAUUGAGGACUGGGAGUGCCACCAAAGAUCUAAAAUCAAUCAACAUCAAAUGGCGUGAACUUAUUGGCAUCAUAGAAAGGCUACAACAAUUACCAAUCCAACAGCUUUAUGCCAGUCCAGUGCCCAAAUUUUCAGAUACAACACCAUAUGACUUUGGACUAAUUGAGCCAUUAUAGUUCAGAUAAUGUUAUCAACCUGGAUGCAGACAAAGACAAUGUUGAAUAUCAUACCCAAGUUAAUGUGGGCAACGUUGGGGCUGAUUCAACAGUUUCAGCAGUUGAUUCUGACAACAAGGACAGGGUUAAAUCCUGUGGAGAUGAGAGUUCAUCCUCUAAUAAUAAUGGUAAUUGUAUCCAAAAGCCCCUGCUGCUUGAGCAGCCAGUCAGACGUCAGGAUACAAUCGGGCUGGAUAAUUGCAAUAGCAGUACUGAACCACAUGAUUUAUUUAAGCAACCGAAGGACGACAUGGACACCGACAAUGUUUCUGCUAAGGCCAAAAAGAUUAUUCUAUUUGAUAGCCACAUUACUUCAGAGUGGCAGCCAUUGAUCAAGCAAGGACAUGUAAAAGUAAAAGUUAAUACUGAGGAUGAUCUUGAAGAGAAAGGAAAGAUUGGAAGAACCAUAGAGAAACAUGUUGGUUCCUAUGAAGUAUCUUGUGAAAUUGUACAAAAGGAACCACAGAGAAACAAGAGUAAUCAUUAUGUGAAAGACAGCUCGGUUGAUGAGCUGGAUGAUCUUUGGAUGGGCAUGUCAGUUGCACUGGCGUUUUCAGAGAUCAGUCAAGUUAAAUAUAGUUCCAAUAGAGAGUAACUGUGAGGAAACAGAGGAUGCAUGUAACCAUGACUUCUUGUUGAAAGAUGAUUUGGGCAUUGUGUGCCGUAUUUGUGGUCUGAUCCAGCAGCGCAUCGAGAAUAUUUUUGAGCAUUCAUGGAAAAAGCGCACGCAGUCAUACAGAACAUACCCAGCAAAACACAGAAAGUCUAGUGAUCCAGAUCCAACUGAGAAUCCUUUAGGUACUAAUCUCAAUGUGUUCCCUGAUGCUCUGUCAAUCCACCCUCGACAUUCACAACAGAUGAAACCUCACCAAGUGGAAGGUUUCAAUUUCUUGAUCAAGAAUCUGGCAGAUGAGAACAAUCCAGGAGGUUGUAUUCUAGCACAUGCGCCUGGCUCUGGAAAGACCUUUCUGCUGAUCAGUUUUGUCCACAGCUUUCUGGCCAGGUACCCUGCUGGGAGGCCAUUGAUUAUGCUUCCAAAGGGUAUCUUGGGAACAUGGAAAAGUGAAUUUCUCCGCUGGCAAGUUGAGAACAUUCCUUUGUAUGACUUUUACUCCUCCAAAGCUAAUAGCCAGUCUGAGCAGCGUAAAAUAUUGAAAUUGUGGGAAGAAAACAGAAGUAUAUUGCUGCUUGGCUAUCAGCAAUUUGCACACAUAAUUUCUGAUGAAUCUUCUGAUAGAGAAACCGUAAUGUGCAGAGAGAAGCUGCUGAGGGUCCCUAGCCUUGUAAUUCUAGAUGAAGGCCACACCUCGAGAAACGACCAAACAGACCUGCUCAGUGCACUUGAAACUAUCCAAACUCCUCGAAAAGUGGUUCUCACAGGAACCUUGUUUCAGAACCGUGAGGUUUUCAAUAUUUUGAACCUUGUACGACCGAAAUUCUUGAAGAUGCAGAGAUCCCGUGCAAUCAUGAAGCGUAUACUAACUAAGGUGGACAUGUUAGGGACAAGGGUGCGAUCGAAAACCAUCUCUGAAAAGGUUUUCUAUGAAUUAAUUGAGGAGAACCUUCAGAAGGAUUCGGAAACAGUGAGAGUGAUGAUUAUCCGCAAUCUACGAGAGCUUACUGAGAAUAUACUCCACUAUUACCAAGGUGAGAUCUUGAAGGAGCUACCUGGACUUGUGGAUUUCACAGUUUUGCUAAAUAUGAGUACCAAACAGGAAGAUGUCAUCAAGGGUUUGGUAGGGUUGAAAAGAUUUGAAGCACAUGCAAAAUGCAAUGCUGUUUCUCUUCAUCCAUGCCUAAAGGAUGUUAAGAAUGUUGAUAAGAAAAAUAGGAACAUCUGCAAAAGGAAGAUGGAUUCCAUCGUACACGGAAUUGAUAUCAAUGAUGGGGUGAAGGCAAAGUUCAUAUACAAUCUGUUGUCUCUUUCAGAAGCUGCAGGGGAGAAGGUACUUGUGUUCAGCCAGUAUGUCCGCUCUCUAAAUUUCUUGGAAACGCUGUUCACCAAAAUGAAAGGAUGGAAAGCAGGAGUUAACACUUUCUUGAUGGAUGGUGGUUUAACUCAAGAGCAGCGAGAGCAAGCAGUUGAGAGAUUCAACAACUCACCUGAAGCUAAAGUCUUCUUUGGUUCCAUCAAAGCGUGCGGGGAGGGGAUCUCCCUUGUUGGUGCAUCUCGUGUCGUCAUUUUGGAUGUCCAUGAGAAUCCUGCUGUGAUGCGGCAGGCGAUUGGACGGGCAUUCAGACCAGGCCAGUCUAAAAUGGUGUACUGCUACCGCCUCGUCGCUGCUGGCUCAUCGGAGGAGGAGGAUCACCAUACAGCAUUCAAGAAAGAGCGAGUGUCAAAGCUGUGGUUCGAGUGGGAUGAGCUUUGCAACAACGAGGAUUUUGAGCUCGCCAAGGUUGAUGUUUCAGACUGCAAGGACAUGUUUCUUGAAAGCCCUGCGCCACAAGAGGACAUCAAAUCCCUGUUCAAGAGGUGAAUGCAUGCAUGCGUUGGAUGCUGACAGAGUGACAAGCAACUUGAUGGUACUGUUGACUAGUCUAAGUGCUGGACAUUAGUAGUGAACGAACUAGGAGAGGAAGUGAAGCAGGUUCUUUUUUUUAUAAUCUUCAAGCAGGUUUUUUUAGUGCUUCUUUGCACUAUUUGGCAAAUCCGGUGCUGCAGUGCAGUGUGUUUGUAUAAAGUUGUACAGGUGUCUUGUAGUACAUGUGUUAACACUCGCAAAUGUCAGAAUUACUGCUUUUGGUUGACACCUCGUGAAUUGUGAUCCCGUAAAGUGUGAUUAUAAAUUUGUCGACAUACAGAUUCUGUUGUAUGAUGAAUUUCUAGAUACAAGAGAUAACCAGAUAUAUAUUUCUGGGCUGCCAA